UGCAGCGUCUCAGCGUCUUUUAAAGUUAAUUCGACCACGAAAAAGUGUAAAUAACUAAGAAUAUAUAAGCUGAUAAAACGAAAAGAGUUACUACGGAUCGUGCGUCGAAGUUACCGCAAAAUGCAAAAUCAAAUAUGUUUUCCAAUGCAUACAGAAAAAUAAAUAAAUACAAAAAGUAUAAAGAAUGCAGAAAAUUAAAUACAAGAGGAGCGAUUAAGUGUUGCGUGUGAAAAAUAAAUUUAUCUUUGUCAUACCUAGUUAUAUUACAAUUAAAAUUAAUAAAAUGCAUACUUGUUGAAACUAGCAUUUAUAAACUGGUUUUAAAGAAAACAAACAUACACAGUGAGAACAUAAAACACCCGAAGCAUAGAAAAGCGUAACAAAUUUAAGUAAUUUAAAAAUCUGUUUUGAAAAAAAAAAACAUCAAUAAAUUUUUAACGCAAUUAGAUCUUUGUGUAACGCACCAGUAAACAAAAAUUUAACCAACACGUUCCUUAAAACAAUGUUUUCCAACUGCAACUUAAUCAACAUCAACCGACAAAAAGAUAUGCUUUCAACUUAAAACCGCGUUGUUAUCUUUUAAAAUAUUUUAAUUGAUUAAAAACAUACACGUCUAAUUGAAAUCGUAUCGUAAAAAGUAAGCACACCGUGGAACCGCAGACGCUGUAGCUAAAGAAGCAUCACCUCAUAUGCAUAACCAUAUAGCAAUACAUGUAUCCAAAACGACACCGAUUCAACUUAACUGCAGGGAAACAACACGAAAACAAAAUAACAUUUUUAUUAUUUAGUGCUAGGAAAUAACGGGUAUUAAUAUUGAAACAACAAUACACACACAUUUAAUAAAAGGGGCACAUCGCAUAUUUCGCAAAUCUCGUCAUCUCGUCGUUGCCUAUUACAACAAAGUAGUCGACGUCAGACCAACCAGUGGUUUAACCUAUGUUCAUGGAAUUUUGAAAGUAAAUGGGUUACCACAAGAAGAGCAGUAAACACAUGUCGACGUCUAUGUUUUAUCAGUGUUAAAGUCUUAAUUGAAAAGCCUUUAAAUGCACCGAAUUCUGGUCAACAAUAUAGAUAUUUAGAUUAAAGCAGAAGGAGCGAAGUUACACGUAAUUUCCAAAAGAUUUUGCAUUGCCGUUAACCCUGGAGCAGGAGCAGAAACUGUGGAGUAGAGUAGACAUAUUGAAAUAUAUUUAAAACAAAUAUAAAAAAAACGCCUUUGAAGGAAAGAAAGCAAUAGCCAAAGAGAGCCUGAGUGUCGUAGGAAACAGCGAGCAACGCCAAAGUACAAAUGCUCACGAGCAACUACAAUCGAGAAUAGAAGAUAAAGAAAGGAGAAAACAAAAAAGCAAAAGGAUAAAUCAUUUACACAAAUGAUGCAAAGCCCAAGGGAUUACAACUAAAGCAGAACAACAGAAAACGAAGUUAUAUAGUCAUCAGCAUAUUUAGGUCUGCCCAUUUGUGGAAAAUAAACUGCAUGAUUCAGCACGGAGAACAGCAACCAAACAGCCAACACCCAACCACAAGCCUCUGAUCUGAACUAGCCACAAAGAUCAAUAUUGCUCCUAUUAGUUAAUCGAGCAAAACCAGAAGCCGACAACCAUCUAACGAGACGGAGUCUAGAGUAGGAGCAGGAGGUGGAGGAGCAGCAGUGGUAGCAGCAACAACAGAACGCGUAAGCGUCCCCACAUCUAGUUAGCAUGGAGUGCUGUUUAUCAGAAGAGGCCAAGGAACAAAAGCGCAUCAAUCAGGAAAUCGAGAAGCAGCUGCGCCGAGACAAGCGAGAUGCGCGUCGCGAACUUAAGCUUCUUUUACUGGGCACUGGCGAGUCCGGAAAAUCAACAUUUAUCAAACAGAUGCGCAUUAUCCACGGCAGCGGAUACUCAGACGAUGAUAAGCGUGGAUACAUCAAAUUGGUGUUUCAAAACAUUUUCAUGGCCAUGCAAUCAAUGAUCAAGGCCAUGGAUAUGCUAAAAAUAUCGUAUGGAGUGGGAGAACAUAGCGAGCUUGCUGAUCUGGUCAUGAGCAUUGAUUAUGAAACAGUUACAACAUUUGAGGAUCCAUAUUUGAACGCCAUCAAAACCUUGUGGGCCGAUGCAGGAAUCCAGGAAUGCUACGAUCGCCGAAGGGAAUAUCAACUAACAGAUUCAGCUAAAUAUUAUCUGAUGGAUCUCGACCGCGUGGCUGAAAAAAAUUAUCUACCCACUGAACAAGACAUUUUAAGAGUUCGUGUGCCGACAACGGGGAUUAUUGAGUAUCCCUUUGACUUAGAAGAAAUCCGAUUUAGAAUGGUCGACGUGGGUGGUCAGCGUUCGGAAAGAAGAAAGUGGAUUCAUUGCUUUGAGAAUGUGACAUCAAUUAUAUUUUUGGUAGCGCUUUCGGAAUAUGAUCAAAUCUUAUUCGAAUCUGAUAACGAGAAUCGUAUGGAGGAAUCAAAAGCUUUAUUUAGAACUAUUAUUACCUACCCUUGGUUCCAAAAUUCUUCAGUUAUUCUUUUCCUGAACAAGAAGGAUUUGUUAGAGGAGAAAAUUAUGUAUUCGCAUUUGGUAGACUAUUUUCCUGAAUACGAUGGUCCACAGCGAGAUGCAAUAGCAGCCCGUGAAUUCAUACUGCGCAUGUUUGUAGAUUUAAAUCCAGAUUCGGAAAAAAUUAUCUAUUCUCAUUUCACCUGUGCUACAGAUACUGAAAAUAUAAGGUUUGUGUUUGCAGCUGUUAAGGAUACUAUUCUCCAAUCAAACCUUAAGGAAUACAAUUUGGUCUGAACUGGAUUUGGAUCAAACAACUAUUUUUGUGAUUUUUAUUAUAUAUAUACAAAUAUAUAUGUAUAUUCAUAAUUCCUCUUUCGCAUACAAAUUAAAAGGAUGUUGCCGAAGAAAAAGCAAAAAGCAGUAAAACCGAACAUUUUCUUGAAUUGUAACAUUGUAACAUCAGGACAAGAACAGAAAUUGUAGCAUAAUAAUACUGAUACUGAUGAUACUGAUAUGUACAUUUUGAUUUGGGUGGAACAGAGCCGAUAGUAGCUAAUAAUAAUAUAAUAAUAAUACAACAACAACCAUCUGAGACGAUAACUAAUAAUAACAUUUAACUUCAAUACUAUAGAACAUUUGUAAUAAAAUGCAAAAGCAAGAACAUUUUUUAUUAAAUUUAAUCAGGCGUCGAAAAAAAUCAACCAAAUGGAAACAAUUUUUUCGACUGACGUAUAAAAUUUUACUGCAUCAACCAAUGAUUAGAUUGAAAUAAACAAGAAAACCAACAACUUUUUCAUAACAAUUACAACAACAACUAAAUAAAUGUAAUACAUACAUAUAUGUUAGACACUCUCAUAACAAUUUGAACACAUACGAGUACGAGUACAUAACAAAAAUGUAUAAACAAACAAAAAAUGCUGUAAACAAAUCCGUGCAGACCAGCAGCAAAAUAUUGUAUUUUUUAUUAAGAUAAUACCGUAAAUAUUGCAAAUAUUGUUUACAUAUAUACAAACAUACACGCAUAAACAUAUAUAAUAAAUAAUUUGUACCAUUCAGUGUAAAUUACAAAUCAUACUAAUCCAAGAGAAAUGCGAAAGGCAGAAACUAAAUCACAGAUGACUAUGUAGGUAAUCAAAUAAAUGAAAUCCACGAGAGAACGUUGGCAUUAUAA